GAUCAUCAUCUGUUGUCUUAGGGCGAUCAAUUGAUGAAUCCUUUGACAUCACAUUACUUGGGAUGUUCCUUUGAUCUUUUUGAUAAAGUCAUGUUAUAGAUAGAAUAGGACGUGAUGUCAAGGAAGAAAUUAUAUAAAAUGGGUGUACCUUUGCUCCUUCCUCGAAAUAAGAUAGAAGACACCAUCAUUUACAAAUCAUUACAGAAAAAUUGUUCAUAUCUUAACCAUCAUGGCACCAACAAGAACCGACUCAAGUUCAUUCGACGACGAGCGUAAGAACUCGGGACCAAGUUCCGAGAUGCCAUUCCAAAAACCCCCUACUACAGAUGAGAGAUUUCCAAUCUGGCACAGACCUGAUGGGCGCGAGAAUUCGGGACCCGAUUUCCAGAUGGCGAUCAAAGAAUGCCCUGUUACAGAGCAGAGAUUGCCAUUCUGGCAGGAGACCACAAGCGAGGUGGGACUUCCAAUUGGGAGGCAUAGAAGUGAACGGUUACGUCAAGCAGGAGUUGCAAGAGCAACUAUAGCAGCAUCUUAUGAAUCACCACAAGGGACAACUAAAGAUAAUUAUGCGGAGCGUCACAAGCAUUUGACUGUCCUCCAACAACACGUCGCUUUCUUCGACGCCGAUUCAGACGGUGUCAUCUACCCCCGCGAUACCUACAACGGCUUUCGUCGUCUCGGCUGGACCCCUCUGCUCGCAGUCGGCACAACCUUGCUCAUCAAUACCGUUUUCUCAUACCCGACUCUUCCCCCAGGACAGUGGUUCCCAGAUUUCAAGUUCAGAAUCUACACAGAUAGAAUCCAUAAAGACAAACACGGUAACAACUCUGGAACAUUCGACCACGAAGGACGUUUUAUCCCUCAGCAUUUUGAAGAGAUCUUCAGUAAAUACGCGGGGCGUGAUAAGCAGGAUAUUACCAAGGGAGAGAUUUUCGAGUACGUAAAGAGCCAGAAAAAUGUUUUGGAUGUGGUGGGGUGGGCGGCUGCGUUUCUAGAAUGGAGCGCAACAUGGCAUUUAUUAUCGCCUAAAGAUGGAAAGAUGAAGAAAGAUGACAUCAGGAGAAUUUAUGAUGGAAGUCUUUUCUAUGAAAUUGCUGCUAGAAACGAGAAGAAAUCUAAGUGAUGGGUGUGUUUUGGUGGUACUCAAUAUGCAGAGGGAGAUCAGGUUCUAACUGAGGGUUUCAGGCGUCAUGGGAGGGGUUUAAGUCGUGUUUUGCCUUAAUAUGACAUGGGACGUGUUCUUAAUACAUA